UUUAACAAACUGCUGCUUCUUUACUUCUGCUUGUGCACUGGUGUCCUGUGAAGCAUGGGGAUUGUGGUAAGGAUGUUACUGUGGGCCUGGAUCAUCCUGGACGUGGGGGCAUCCUCGGUGGAGCUGCCCGAGAUCACUGACGCCAAGUUCAUUGAGGACUGUGUGAUGGAACACAACAGGGCUCGGUCGUCUGUCAGCCCAUCUGCAAGCAACAUGUUCUACAUGUCAUGGGACGCGGGCUUGGCCAUCACUGCCAGAGCGUGGGCAAAGCAAUGCGUGUUCAAACACAACAUCUACCUCGACGAUGCCCGGCGUGUGCACCCCACCUUCUCCUCAGUGGGGGAGAACAUCUGGACAGGAUCCCCACCAUCGUCCUUCAAUGUGAAGACAGCAAUCAAAAGCUGGGAGGACGAGAAGGCGGACUACGACUACCAGCGGAACACCUGCAGUAACGUGUGUACACACUACACACAGGUUGUGUGGGACAGCAGCUACAAAGUGGGCUGUGCCGUCCAGCGGUGCCCAAAUGGUGUUGCUCACUUUAACAGCAGAGAUGGGGUUAUUUUUAUCUGUAACUAUGCUCCACGGGGCAACAUGAAUGGAAUGCGACCGUUUGAAUCUAGCAAUCAAACCACCUCUGGAUGUAAAGUCUCGUGUGGGAACAAGCUCUGCUGUAACAAAGAGCGAGAUUCGCCGAAAAGCUACAACUGGAGUCCAGACUGGGAUCCUGCUCUGGCUGCGCCUGACUCCAACUUUGUGUCUAUUCUUGUUGUUCGGCCUGUUGCCCUCACCCUCACCUUCAUCGCUGCAUUUGCAGUCCAUUACUUCUACCCUGAUGUCUUCUGCUAUGAGUAGAACCCCAGUGUUAAUCUGAAUAUGGCGUUAAAAUGAUGAUGUUAGGUUUUUAGCUAUUGACAUUUUUUGUUGUCCCAAAUCAUAUAUCAGGGUUCCCACACCUUGGUUGACAUCAAAUUCAAGGACUUUGUCAAGGACUAUCCAGGAUUCAAGGACUGAAUGUGCUGACACAGCUAAAGAUGGGAGGGCAACUUGUAAGAGCCGCUGUUCCCAUGGCAUCCAGUUUUAUUGAUUUGUUGGCACUCGGCAUCUGGCCAAGUGAUUGUUCUUGGGAUCUUGGCCAGUCUUUGAAAUUUUCUUUGGUGAGCCAGAGAUCUUGGAAUUUGCAUUUCCCGGGCUUCACGCAGUAUUUGUUUUCUCUUGCUUAUUAUUAUUUACUCAUUGUUCACAAACUUUCACGCACUUCAAGGACGUGUGGGAACCCUGAUAUUUUUAAUAUCAGAGGUUUAAAAACCUUCAACAGCAAAUUACAAAAACUACACAUU